UAAAACCCGGUAUAAAACCUUCGGACUUAAAAAAACAAGCAAAAUUAAGCCCAAAUCCUACCUUGGAAAAAAAUAUUAUUCCGACUUAUUCCAACCACGGCAUUCCUACUCCUCCCCCAACCCCUCCUUUAAAACCUAAAAAGGACACUACUAUUAUCCCCGAACUAGAAGCAACGAACCGAGACGAAAGCCCGAACCAAAAUCAAGCCAAAAGUCCAGUAAAAUCGGAACUAACCCCUCAGCCCCAACCCCAACUCUACCUUUUCACUUGUGAUAUCUGUGAGCAAAAUAAAAAAUCUCAAUUACACCUCCACCGAGUAAACGGCUUGGGAAUUGACCCUCAUAAAACUCAAAAAAUCUGCUCCUCCUGCCUCAAAAAA